AUGCCAGUCACUGAAGAGCGGGCGGAUGAGGCUCAGCAUUUGCCUAUGCCCGUGAGCAAGAUUUUUAACCUUCCCAAGGAGGAAGAAGACCGCCUCAACGUCUUAGUCGACAUCAUGGCCAGCCUCUGUCCCAACCUUGAAACCCUCCAUACCGACGUCGGCGACCCGCUCCGCGUAGCAUUUCGGCUCUGCAUGCCAGGCUCGAUGCUGCGCCUACGGACCAUCGACAUGAGAUGCGACGACUACGCAAAAAGCGGUGUUGUAAUGAGAAUGAAAUACUUGGCCCGUCUCUUCCGCGCCGCGCCAAACAUUGCCGACACGACCCUCCACAUCUGCGUCCUCCGCGUCAGUGAUUUGGUCAUCUUUCUCUCCGUGUGCCCCAACCUGGAGGCGUUCAAGUACGAGGCGGGCUAG